AUGGAUAAGUUAACAAAACUUGUAGAGCGUCUUGAAAAUAUAGCUGAUCGCUUGGAAACAGCAGCUAUUCGAGAAAGGUCUAACAAAUUAGCAACAGAGAACACUAAUAAUUUACAACUGAUUCAGUCUUCUGACAUGCCUUCUCUCGAUAGUAUUGUUGACGGUCCUCUUCAGAGGCUGUCCUCACUUAGCGUAAAAAUUGGCACAGAUGUUAAAGAACAGUGUGAUUUGUUGAUUGCGGCUUUCAAAGCUGAAUCUAAUUUUAUAAAAUCGUCUUCCGGAAUGGCGAAACCGACCGACUCACAACUCCCGGUUGUCCUUAGACCAUGCUCUGAUGCUAUCCAAAAAGUUGCCGAAUUCAAGGAUCGAAAUCAGAAAAGUGCUUAUUUCAAUCAUUUGUCUGCCAUUGCCGGAUCCGUUGCUGCCUUGGGAUGGGUUGCUGUACCGGAUUCACCCGCAAAAUUUAUCGAUGAAAUGGUAGAGUCGGGAAAAUUCUACACGAACCGAAUACUGAAGGAAUUCAAGGGCAAGGACGAUAAACACGUAGAGUGGGUGCACGCGCUGUUAGAUGUGUGGAAUCAAUUGAAGGACAUCACAGUCACCUACUACCCCGCGGGACUGACGUGGGGAAGCAGAGGUGCUGCCUCAGGUGCUCCUCCACCCCCGCCUCCACCACCUCCGGCUCCCUCCUCUGAUUCUACGGGACCCGGCACCCAGGCUUUAUUUUCCGAGAUCAAUCGUGGUGAUGCCGUGGCCAAGGGCCUACGCAAGGUCACUGACGACAUGAAGACGCAUAAGAAUCCUGAGCUGCGCACCACUGCCCCCUUGGCGGCCAAGAAGUCAGUCGCGCCUGCCAUUCCCACUCGUCCUGAUCAGCGCAAAGCGGCGCAACCCCAAUCCAAGCUCGAGCUUAUUGGCAACAAAUGGGUUGUGGAAAACCAAGUUGGAAAUCGCGAGAUUGUAAUUGAGGCAAAGGAGAAGAAGGAGACUGUUUACAUUUUCAAGUGUGUUGACAGUGUUGUACAUGUCAAGGGAAAGCUCAACUCCAUCGUUUUGGACAGCUGCAAGAAGACCUCACUUCUUUUUGAUACUGUUAUCGCCUCUAUCGACGUUGUUAACUGCCAGGACGCUCAAGUACAGGUGACGGGCCUCAUGCCAACGAUCAGUAUCGACAAGACAAAUGGUUGCCACGUUUACUUGAGCGAGCAGGCCAAGGAUGCGGACAUUAUUACAGCCAUGUCAUCAGAGGUGAACAUCCACGUGCCUAAGCGCGAUGGAGACUUCACGGAGUAUGCGGUCCCGGGGCAAUUUAAGACCAAGUUUGUGUCGAAUCGCCUCGAGACGAAGGUCCACGUCCUGGACUAA